AUGCAGACGUACAAGAAGAGCGACAACAUAAUUUUAAUUUUGGUUCGCAUGAUGAAGUACUUGGCGGUAACCAGACCCCUUCAGUACCUCAAACACAAAAACACGCAUAGGGCCUACCUAGUUCUCGUGGGUACCUGGCUAGUUUCCAUCGCCAUCUCGUCCCCAAUCGCUCUCGGCAUGAACUACACCUCCCUUCGCUACCAGACUCCAAUGAUUUGCGCUUUUUAUAACUCAGACUUUUUGAUCUACUCGUCUGUCUGUUCGUUCUAUAUUCCGUGCGCGCUGAUGCUGAUUCUUUACUUUAAAAUAUUCCACACGUUAAAGAGAAGAACUAAUAGGUUGAUGGAGUAUAAAUACGUUAGCGCUUGUAUGAUUUGUGGUGGUGGUGGUGGUAGUAGAAGCUGUCGCCGAUGUCGCCACGUUUUUGGUAGUGAUGUUGGCGGUGGCUGUGGUGGUAGUUGUGGUGGCUCCAAAUGUGUUACUGCUACCACAGCUGCUGCUAGUGCUUCUACUGCUGUUGCUGUUUUUGCUACGGCUACGGCUAAUGAAACUUCAGCAGUUACUGUCGCCAAAGUCGUUACUACAAUUACCACCGCUAAUAUUACUGUCUCGACUACUAAUGCAACUUUUACGGCUGAAUCCGGUGGCAUUUUAAAUCAAAAAACCGUUGAAAGCUAUCAACAAAAACAACGACAACUAUUUCGAAAACAUCAGCAACAACAAGCUGACGUCACCGUCAACAAAAAUUAUGACUUCAUCGUCAUUGUCCUCAACAAUGUUUACAGCAACAACGCCAACAAAACCAUCAACAAACACAACAACAUCAACAAACACAACAACAUCGACAAAAAUACUUACACUACCAUUAAAAACAACAACAACACUUGCAACUAUAUCAACAACAUUAUUAUCGACAACGACAACAACAUCAACAACAACAACAGCAACAAUAACAGCAACAACAACAACAACAACAACAGCAACAAAAAGACAUCAACUUUUCAGAAUGACUUCGACUUUCGAUGA